AUGAAAGAUCUUUUGGUAGUGACCCCUACUAGGGGUAUGUACAUAUUUAAUAAGUUUAUUUCUGAUCAUAAACUUAUCGAUUUACCGUUAAAUGAGGCUACAUAUACCUGGAGUAAUAGUCAAUUGCAGAUUAUAAGAAGCAGGAUUGAUAGAUUCUUGAUUACGGCUGAUUGGGAGUCUCAUUUUCCUUCUGAUACUCAAAUGGCUUUAGCAAGACCAUGGUCUAAUCACUGUCCCAUUGCAUUUUUAUGUGAUGGUGUUCUUACAGGACCAAGCCCUUUUCGCUUUGAGAGUUUGAAGUUAAAGUUGAAAUCUUGGGCCAAGGAAGAAUUUGGUCACGUGGAUAGGCAGCUGGAGGAUUUGGAGGAAAUCUUUGUGCAACUGGAUGCGGAGGAGGAUGCUAAUAAUGGGCUUUCCGAAGUUCGGUGGAAUUUAAGGCUAAAAGCAAGACAAGAUUAUUGCAAUCUCAUUACUUUAGAAGCAGAGCUAAUGUAUGAUCAAACUAAAAUUAAAGCAGGUAUUGUUGAUUUUUUCAAAAAUGUUUUUCAAGAUCAGGCUCAUUCAAGACCUGCAAUGGAUGGUCUCAAUUUCAAGUCAAUCCCAGCUGAUUUAGGUGAGUGGUUGGAAAGAGAUAUUGAUGAAGAGGAAGUCGUUAAUGCAAUAAAGUUGUUGGGUAAAAAUAAGUCCCCUAGACCAGAUGGUUAUCCCAUCGCAUUCUACCAACAAACUUGGAGUAUUAUUAGAAUCAACGUAAUGAAGGCGUUUGCUGAGCUUCAAAAUAAAGGGUUUCCCGAUUGGCGGCUUAAAAAUACAUUUAUAGCUCUCAUUUCUAAGAAGGAUUCAGUGGAAGAAAUCAAGGAUCCGCGUCCUAUCAGUCUUGUUAAUGGCGUCUACAAAAUUCUUUCUAAAGUUUUGGCAGAGAGAUUCAAGGUUUCGUUGCCCCAUGUGAUUUCUCAACAUCAUUAUGCUUUUAUAAAACAAUGCACUAGAAAAGAUGGGUUAUGGUUCGAAGUGGAGAAGAUGGGUGCAAUGUUGUGUGGAACAUCCUUAUCUGCUAUGAUGCUUAAAGCACAAGAGGAUGGUUAUCUCAGCGGCUUUCAGGUUAAGCUUCUAAGAAUUUUUCUUCUUUGUUUCGAAUUACUUACUGGACUUCAUAUCAAUUUUGCAAAGAGUCGCAUGUUUGUGGUUGACUAUGAAGGGGACAUGUCUCUUUUCACUUCUCUUUUGGGAUGCUACAACUCUACUCUACUUACUACUUAUCUUGGUCUGCCGCUUGGUGAUAAGUAUAAAGGAAUCCAUAAGUGGGACAAGAUUGUUGAUAGGUUCACUGCCAAGCUAGCUGGAUGGAAGAGACCUUUUUUGUCAGGAGCCGGUAAGAUUGUCCUUAUUAAAAGUGUUUUACCUAGUCUUCCGGUUUAUUUUAUGUCGUUGUUUGAGAUGCCAAAAGCCAUUGAGUUAAAGCUCGAAAGAAUAAUGAGGAAGUUUCUUUGGAAUAAUAGAACUGGAAGUAGAAAAAUUCAUUUGGUGGGAUAA